UUUCUCUUAGCACCACAAAAAUAUCUGAUCUAAGAUCUGGAAGGAAGCACAGAAAUUGACACAUACAUAAGAUCCCUAAAUAAUUCUUUUGUGGUCCACACACUUAGGUUAAGAGACACAAAUGUGAUCUAAAAGUCUUUAUAAGUUAGACUUUGUAAAUAAUUUUGAACAAUCUCAUGAAGUUACUCAUAUGAACGCAUGGUGGCAGUGUAGGCUAAGAGAGUGAAUGAAAAUUGGGUGGACUCCAUUUUCCUGAGAACCCUUAGAGCAAUGCAAAACAUAUUUACAGCAGAAGCUCAGCUUAGAUCAGCAAGGCAGUCAUCGCUGGACACGGUACUAGAAUGAACUGAAAUUUCACUAACAAGGACAUAUCGGAGGGUUGAUGGUGGACUUUGUGACUGGGUGUGAAAAAGGAUUUUUCUCCUGGAUUCAGGCAUAACAACAGAGAUGGCACUGACAAAAGCACACUUCGAGAAAAGGCAAGUGGUGACCUUCGUUUUAUUGAUGCUUUGGUGGGAAGCGGAUUCAGAACCGAUUCAGUACUCUGUAUUGGAGGAAACAGAAAGUGGCACGUUUGUGGCCAACUUGACAAAGGAUCUGGGACUCAGGAAGGGAGAACUGGCUGCACGGGGUGCCCGGGUUGUUUUCAAGGGGAACAGACAGCUUUUGCAGUUUAACCCACAAACCUAUGAUUUACUGUUAAAUGAGAAGCUGGAUCGUGAGGAGCUGUGUGGCUCCACAGACCCGUGUGUGCUACCCUUUCAGGUGUUACUAGAAAAUCCCUUGCAGUUUUUUCAAGCUGCCUUGAAAAUUCAAGAUAUAAAUGAUCAUGCCCCAGAGUUCCCCACCAGAAAAAUGGUACUGAAAAUAUCAGAAAUUGCCUCACCUGGAAAAGUAUUUCCCUUGAAAAUGGCACAGGAUUUAGACACUGGCAGCAACAGCCUCCAGAGCUACAGAAUCAGUCCCAACCCCCACUUCCACAUCUUUACUCAAAAUCGCAAGGAUGGCAGGAAGUUUCCUGAGCUGGUGUUGGACAAGGCAUUGGACCGUGAAGAAGAGUCCGAGCUCAGGCUAAUUCUUACAGCACUAGAUGGUGGGUCUCCACCCCGGUCAGGUUCUACAGAGAUUCAGAUUCUGGUACUGGACAUCAAUGACAAUACCCCAGAGUUUUCACAGGAGCUUUAUGAGGCUCAGAUCCCUGAAAAUACCCCUGUUGGCACUCCGAUAAUUAGUGUUUCUGCAAAAGAUUUAGAUGCAGGACUUUUUGGGGAGGUUUCAUAUGCUCUAUUUCAAGUAGAUGGUGUUAACCAACCCUUUGAAAUAAACCCAGUUACAGGAGAAAUUCGACUGAUGAGAAUGUUGGAUUUUGAGGAACUUCAAUCAUAUCAGGUGGAUGUCGAGGGCACAGAUGGUGGGGGACUAUCAGGGAAAAGUUCAGUUAUCAUCAACGUUCUGGAUGUAAAUGACAAUGCCCCAGAAUUAACCAUGUCCUCACUCAUCAACUCCAUUCCUGAAAACUUGCCAGAAACUAUAGUGGCAGUUUUCAGUGUAUCAGAUGCAGAUUCUGGACAAAAUCAACAAGUUGUUUGUUCUGUAGAUGAGGAUCUUCCCUUUCUUCUAAGACCUUCAGUGGAGAAUUUCUACACGUUGGUCACAGAAGGGGCACUGGACCGAGAGAGCCAGGCGGAGUACAACAUCACCAUCACAGUGACAGACAUGGGUACCCCCAGGCUGCAAACACAGCACACCAUCACAGUGCUGGUGUCAGACGUGAACGACAACGCCCCCGCCUUCAGCCAGCCCUCCUACACCCUGCUGGUGGGCGAGAACAACAGCCCCGCCCUGCACAUUGGCAGCGUGAGCGCCACCGACCCCGAUGAGGGCAGCAACGCCCAGGUCACCUACUCGCUGCUGCAGCCCCAGGACCCGCAGCUGCCGCUCGCCUCGCUGGUGUCCAUCAACGCGGACAACGGGCAGCUGUUCGCGCUGCGCUCGCUGGACUUCGAGGCCGUGCGCGCCUUCGAGUUCGGCGUGGGCGCGUGGGACCGCGGCUCGCCCGCGCUCGGCAGCCAGGCGCGCGUGCGCGUGCUGGUGCUGGACCGCAACGACAACGCGCCCUUCGUGCUGUACCCGCUGCAGAACGCGUCGGCGCCCUGCAGCGAGCUGGUGCCCAGGGCGGCAGAGGCGGGCUACCUGGUGACCAAGGUGGUGGCGGUGGACGGCGACUCGGGCCAGAACGCCUGGCUGUCGUUCCAGCUGCUCAAGGCCACAGAGCCCGGGCUCUUCAGUGUGUGGGCGCACAAUGGCGAGGUGCGCACUGCGCGGCCGCUCAGCGAGCGCGACGCGCCCAAGCACAGGCUGCUGGUGCUGGUCAAGGACAAUGGCGAGCCGCCGCUGUCGGCCAGCGUCACGCUGCACGUGCUGCUGGUGGAUGGCUUCUCGCAGCCCUUCCUGCCGCUGCCCGACGCGCCUGCCGACGCGCCUGCGGACGACCGCCUCACCGUCUACCUGGUGGUGGCCUUGGCCUGCGUGUCGUCGCUCUUCCUCUUCUCCGUGCUGGCCUUCGUGGCUGUGCGCCUGUGCAGGCGGCCUGGCCCUUCCGCGGGGGGCCCCUACCCGCUGCCCGACGCGUACUUCCCGGGACACCUGCUGGACGUCAGUGGCGCUGGGACCCUGUCGCACAGCUACCAGUAUGAGGUGUGCAUGACUGGAGACCCUAGAACUGGUGAGUUCAAAUUCCUGAAGCCAUUAUUCCCCAACCUCUUGGCUCAGGACACUGAGAAUGAAAUUAAAGAAUCCCCGAACAGCAGAAACAGCUUUGUAUUUAGUUAAGUAAUUGUCAAGUGAACAUUUCCUUGAUUGUGCCCAGCACAAACAAGCAACCCUUUGCAUUGCUUAUUUUUAAAGAUUGUAUUGCUGUUUAAAUAUAUACAUAUAUCAAACCUACUCAUGUCCCUUAUCAUACUAAAAUUUUUCUCUAAAAUUUUAAGUUCCCUUAGCAUUUUAAUGGCACUGAAUAUUAAGUGUAUAUUUUCUUCAUAUUUUAUUUCCUAUGUUGAAUCAUCUUUCCAUAACUAUUAGUUACUCAAGUAGGUUUAGAAGAAAUUGUAUUUAAUUUCUUUUUUAAUGUCUUUUACUGUAAUACUGAAAGUUUUAUAUGAUCUUGCAGUUCCAUCUGUGGUGACUUUUGUCUUAGUCACAUAGCAUUAUCCUUGCAAAGUGUUUGAAAUUCUUUAUAGUUCCCCAGGACUCUCUAUGCUGAGAACAUAUAACAAAUAUACCAGGCUUGUUUCUCCCUAAUUGUACUUAUAUAUGUUUUCAUUAAAAUAUUAACACA